GACAUUUAAAAAGUGAUCUUGGAUGUAAAAUGGUUGGAGACCACUGGUCUAGAUGGAGUUUAGUAUCACAUGAGCUGAUGACAUGCUCUUGCCUACUCUGAUGAGCCAUGGCAGGCAUUGCCCACCAUUUGGCUGAAAAGUCCAUGGGAAAGUCCAUUUAGGCAUCAGAUGAUAGUCCAAGACAGUGUCUACCUGAAGAUGUGAGGAAUGCACCCACCAGAUGCAAAAAUGUGAUUAGUAGAUUCUGUGUAGCUGAGGGGGGCAACAAAUGGCAGGCCAGGUUGGGCACAAGAGGAAGACUGGGAAAGCACACAGAGGCUGCUGCUGCUGGCAGAGUAGAACUGAGGCAGCAAAAGUGGGGCUCAGCUGCAGCAACAAUCAAGUACCCUGGAGAAGCAGCACAGCCAAACACUGCCAUGGUGAGCCACAGGCGCAGCAGCUGUUGUGAGCAGCUUGCAGGGCCCACCAGGGCCAGGAGUCUGGAGCAUAGGCAAGAUCUGAUAGAGCCACCCAAGCAUUCACUUAGCUUCUCAGACAACUUCCUCUGCCUCCUCCUGGUUCAGGUACAGAAUCUGAGCCAAAGAGCAGGGUGAGCUGUGCCCUCCAGCCAGGAGAUUUGUGGACAGAGCACAGUUGGGGAGGUAGAGAUGUGCUUGGUCCUUUCCAAGUUCCUGUGAUCUCCUGUGAGUCAGAGCCCUGCCUGUGGGCCUUGGUGUCAGACCAGCAAGCCCUCACUGGAGCUCAUCUAAGCAGUGUAUUUUUGUCUGCCCUGGGAUGAGGGGAUGGAGUGUGCCAUGGGGGAAACAUAGUUGUACCCUAGAGAGUGCAGCAGAGUGCUGGGCUCUCUCCGGUGAAUGAGUUGGACCAUUUCUCAAGUGAGGUGAUGCACCUUUGCUGCAGGUGAGUGUGUCCUGGGAUAUUUUACCAUCUAGAGCCCAGUCUCUGAAAAGUGGGGAAGGAGCCUCUUUGGGUGGGCGACUCAGAUCCUGGCUCUGGAAGCAGUAAUGGCAUGGACCUUAAUGAACAAGGUCAACACUUGGUUAAUUACUCCCCAAGCAGGAUUUCCAGUCUCCAAAGCUAAUGUGAUCUCCUGGGUGGACCAAAGAGAAGAGCUGUGCAUCCCAGAUCUCCAGGGCUGCGAGGAAGGGGAGAUCAUCAGCAACACCCACGCAGCAGGUGAUGGUAUGCUAAGUGAGAACAAUGAGGAAAGUCUUCAGCAGAAAGGACCAGAGCAAGUGGCUCCACUUGCAAUGUUAUUGGGAAGAUCUGAAGGGCAUGUCACUCAGAGACCUGAGCAAGGAGAAACCUAUAAGAGUCAGCAUAGCCUAGAAAGGCAUCAGGAAAACGAUCCAGGAGAGAGACAGGGAAAAUCCAGUCACAGGAGCAGAAAGGUGAAAAGAAACACAGAAACCAUUCGACAGAAAAUCCCCCAUCAACAAGCACCCUCCACUUACAGUGACUGCAAAACUAUUAUUGAUAAUCAAAGAAUCCACACAGGAGAGAAACAUUUCAACUGCUCUGAUUGUGGGAAGAGUUUCAGUAGAAGCUCACAGCUUGUUAAACACAAAAGAAUUCACACAAAGGAGAAAGCCUUUUACUGCUCUGAAUGUGGGAAAAGCUUCAGUCGGAGGUCAGCACUUAUUAGACACAGGAAAAUCCACACAGGGGAGAAACCCUUCAGCUGCUCUGAAUGUGGGAAAAACUUCAGUAGGAACUCACAUCUCAUUUUACAUCAGAGAACCCACACAGGGAAGAAACCCUUCAACAGCACUGAUUCUGGGAAAUGCUUCAGUCUUAGAAUCCACACAAGAGAGAGACCAUUCAGGUGCUAUGACUGUGGGAAAAGUUUCAGUAGAAGCACUCGUCUUGUUAAACAUAGAAGAAUCCACACAGGGGAGAAACCCUUCAGCUGCUCUGAAUGUGGGAAAAACUUUACUGAUAGGUCAUACCUUGUUAGACAUAGCAGAAUCCACACAGGGGAGAAACCCUUCAGCUGCUCUGAAUGUGGGAAAAACUUUACUGAUAGGUCAUACCUUGUUAGACAUAGCAGAAUCCACACAGGGGAGAAACCCUUCAGCUGCUCUGAAUGUGGGAAAAACUUCAGUAGGAACUCACAUCUCAUUUUACAUCAGAGAACCCACACAGGGAAGAAAUCCUUCAACUGCACUGAUUCUGGGAAAUUCUUCAGUAAUAGAAUACAGCUUGUUAAACACAAAAGAAUUCACACAAAGGAGAAAGCCUUUUACUGCUCUGAAUGUGGGAAAAGCUUCAGUCGGAGGUCAGCACUUAUUAGACACAGGAGAAUCCACACAGGGGAGAAACCCUUCAGCUGCUCUGAAUGUGGGAAAAGCUUUGCUGAGAGGUCGUACCUGGUUAGACAUAGGAGAAUCCAUACAGGAGAGAAACCCUUCAACUGUUCUGAGUGUGAGAAAAGCUUCAGUAGGAAAGCACAUCUUCUUGUACAUCAGAGAACCCACACAGGGGAGAAACCCAUCAACUGCACUGAUUCUGGGAAAUGCUUCAGUCAUAGAAUCCGCACAAGAGAGAAACCAUUCACAUGCUCUGACUGUGGAAAAAGUUUCAGUAGAAGCACAUGUCUUGUUAAACAUAGAAGAACCCACACAGGGGAGAAGCCCUUUUAUUGUGCUGAAUGUGGGAAAAACUUUACUGAUAGGUCAUACCUUGUUAGACAUAGCAGAAUCCACACAGGGGAGAAACCCUUCAGCUGCUCUGAAUGUGGGAAAAGUUUCAGUGAGAGGUGGUAUCUUGUUAGACAUAGGAGAAUACAUACAGGAGAGAAACCCUUCAACUGUUCUGACUGUGGGAAAAGCUUCAGUGAGAAGUCAGAUCUCAUUAGACAUAGGAGAAUACACACAGGAGAGAAACCUUUCAGGUGCUCUGACUGUGGGAAAAGCUAUAGGUGUAGCUCACACCUUAUUAAACAUAGGAGAAUCCAUGCAGCAGAGAAACCCUUUUUGGGAAAAACUUGAGUUGGUGCUGAAAUCUUAAUCAUCAUACAAUCCACAUAGAAGAAUCAUAAAAUCAUAGAACACUGGAAAUGGUAGCAACUCUGCCCUCACAGCAGGACUAAGCACCAGCUAGAUCAUUGGUUGCCAAACUCGGGGGGGGGGAAGAAAUUCCAAGGGGGGCAUGAGGUGACAGCUCCCCCUCCUCAUUCCCCCCACCCCAAGAAAGAGCCCGUACUGACACUACUGCCUACGAAAAUGGAGGUAGUGCCAGCUUGCUGCAGUGUGUGUAGGGAGGGCGGGGGAAAGUACUGCAGCUAUAUGCCAGAGCCGGUGUUUUAGGGAGCAUGUGGGCUGCUCUUCCCCUCCUGCAAACAGCCGGCGCAUUUCCUGAAAUGCCAGGUCUAUCGCGCCAGGGAAUUUCCUUCCCCCUGCUGCCUUCCUGCAUCGGGGCUCACCAUACUCCCAACCCCCCUGCCCUGAGCCCCUCAUACAGUCCAACCUGAACUCCUGCACCCUCAUUGUGAUGGACCCCCCUGCCCUCCAUGGUUUAUGAAAUGGACAUGAAUAUAUAUAACUCAAAGGUGGUUUGAGCAAAUUAUUUCAUGUUACCCAUCGAUCUUCAUGGCAUGAUCUGCUGGUUCUGUUUAUCUUACUCUGUUGUAUGUAUCAUUUGUGUGUGUAAAAUUAGACACAUGGAGUAGGGAAUAUUUUGUGAGUUUCCAAUGUGUGAAUGGGAGACAUGGGGGGUGUUUCCUACAACUUCUAGAUGAGCCACUGUAAAACAAUCUUUUGUUCUUAAGUCUGAGCAGAGAUUGGUAGGGAGUCGCCUCAACUCCUUAACAAAAGGAAUAGGAAAGCAGAGGCCUAGGUCUUUUGGCUGGGCUGCACCUGAAGGAAGGAGACUGAGACCCCAAAAGGUGGGGAAGACAGUCUUGGUUUGGGGGGGCAGCUAGAAAAGAGGUUUUAGGGUGAGUUUGAUUAAGUUUCUACUGAGGUUUCAAUGUAGAAUUAGUCAAGCGGUUUUGUUUCUUUUGAUUUGUAAACUACUUUGCUCUGCCUACUGUUACACCUUGGUUCGGUGAUGUGGUGGAAGCCUCAAAGGUUAAAGCCGAUUACCUAGUGAAAACUACUGGAUGAUGGCGUAAAACAAAUGAUCUUUAUUAAGUGGAAUGAUUCUUUUAUCAAAACCAACAAUUAGAAAAUGGUUUUUUAAACUAGCAAUUGCCCAAUGCUUUUACAGGGUAGAAAACCUUAAACUUAGCUGUACUUAACUAAUUACAAACUUCUUUGAUUACAAUUCAACUAUACCAAAUUCAGCUAUACCAAAUCUGUCAUUCAUGCUAAAAUUCGACACUCUCCGCGGGGGGCUGAACAAAGACCCCAACUACCUUACCCAUUACAAAGAUAGCUUCCCCAAUUAUCACUUCUAAUA